AUGUCACUAUUAAGCGAUGACUUGCGGGCAGUCAUGAGAGUGGCGGCGAAGUCGCGUCUAGUGAUACUAUCACUACAGCUGAUCGCCAACCACUUGAUCCCUGACCACCAAUCAGUUGACGCCUUCACCAACAACUUGGAGGCCAAUCACGUGAAGACCGCCACCGAUCGAGUGAUAUAUCACGCGCUGAAUGGUCUGAAUCGCUGGGAUUCGCAGUACUUCACGGCCAUCGCCACCAGUGGUUACGCUCGCGAGGAAUGGCUCGCAUUCUUCCCACUCUAUCCGCUUCUGAUCCGUCAAUUGGCCGCCACUUUGAUGACAAUCCAAGUGUCACUCGUCGGCCACAACCAUCUCUUCGUCUCGCACUACUGUCUCAUACUAUUGACCGGUUUUGUGGCGAACUUCUUGGCGUUUGUCUCGGCGUCUGUCGUGUUGUAUAAACUGACGAUCAAAUUGUUUGCCAAUAAGUCGAUGGCCGCGGAGUGUGUCCAGUGGUUCGCAUACAACCCGUCCUCCAUAUUCUUCUCGGCCUACUAUUCCGAGUCGUUGUUCGCAUUCCUCACGUUUGGCGGCAUUUACUUCACUCACGCGUCCGAUAAUAGGCUACACUUGUUGUGGGCGUCGGUAGCCUUUGGACUCAGCUCUGCCACCCGUUCUAAUGGCCUUAUAUCGAUUGGAUUCAUUGUAUACACGAAACUAAAUCAUAUAAUCAAUGACUGUUUUAUGCACCGGCGGUUUGUCCUAUAUUCUAGACUAGUCAUCCAUGUCCUGCAGACAUUAUUCUAUGUGUUGGUAUGUACGCUGCCAUUCCUCUACUAUCAACUGUACUCAUGGGAACUGUUUUGCGAUGGUGUCCCCAAUAUGCCCAAGUGGUGUAUGGCUGACAUAUUACUGCCCUACACAUACAUCCAGAAGCGGUACUGGAAUGUAGGCUUUCUGGCCUAUUAUGAGUUCAAACAGAUACCAAACUUUCUGCUCGCCCUCCCAGUCAUUGCACUCAAUCUUAAGACAUGCCUCCAAUAUCUACUGAUCAAUAAGUCGAGACUUAUGUCUCUUAUGGCACAGCAGUUCCACCGCCAGAAUCGCGAGAAAUACCAUUCAAUUAUGAAUAACGACAAGUGUUUCGUGCAUAUCGUGUACGUGUUGGCGAUGACUGUGUUUUGUAUACUAUUUGUGCACAUCCAGGUGACCACCAGGAUGUUGAUGUCGGCCACACCGUUGAUCUAUUGGGCCAUAGAGUCCGAUGAAAUCAAAAGCCAUAAACGGCGCACAGAUUUCAUACAUCUCUGGUUUUACGGCUAUUUCAUUGUGGGAACUAUUCUUCACUCAAACUUUUUGCCAUUUACUUAACUCAUGCGUUCAUAAUUCAGAUUUCAUUAUGUAUUUUAAGUAUUAUUUAUUUAAUCAGGGA